GCCCUGGCCCAAAUCCCACGGAGAAGCACCCGGUGCGCAGGAAAGAGCCGUCCCAUCCACGUCUGGCCACAGUUUGGCUCUUUGUCCUGGGGCUCGGACUCUGCUCGUGUUGCAGCCGCAGGGGUUUUGCUGGGGGAUGCGGGAUGGGGCCCUGACACCAGCUUCUCGCAGCCUGCUGGCAUGGCGCCGGCGGCUUGGGAAGGGUCCAGGCUCACCUCCCGCCUCGCCGUGGGCUCAGUUUGAUACCGAGAGGGGAGGAGGUUUGAUACCGAGAGGGGAGGACGGGUGUUCAGGCUGCUCCUGCCCCUCCAGGCUGCUCAGCCCCAAGCCCCAGCUCCACUCCUGCCUCCCCCGCUGCAGAGCCGGCUGCCAGCGUGAAUCAGCAGUGCCCGCUUAACCGUUUCCUCGCAAAGUCCACAUCGGCUCCGGAGAGGGGGGGACGGUGCAGCCACGCCACAGCCAACUCCCUCUGCACCCCCUCGCUCCCAGGGCUGCCACCCCUCGCCACCCCACGGCAGCAUUUCCCUGCCCCAGCCCCAUGGAUUUGCACGGAUGAACCCUCUGCCGGUGGGGAACCUGCAGCCAGCGGCCGGGUCAGAGCUCAGCAGCAGACAAGACAGCAGCUCCUGCAGCUGCAAAGCUUCUUGUGAAGCACAUCAGCGCCACCGGCUUCGCCUGAGGACCUGCCAUCGUGCCGGGGGCAUCUCUCCCCCCCGUACUUGGCCAUAGCGGGAGCAGCAUGUGGGCAUUGGUGCCCACGAUGGAUGCGGUGCUGAGGUUGGGUGCCGCCGGCAGUCGAUGCAGCAGCACGGCAGCCCCGGAGCUGCGGCGGUGUGGUGAGAGAUGCUGCUGCCCGGCUCCCCUGGGCUUCCUCGGACGUUUCUAGUCCAUUUGUCUUUGCCACGGUGGCUUUCAUGUGGCAAUAGCAGUGGUGCGUCGUGGUGGCAUUUGGUGCUUCCUCCCCUGACAGACCCUCGACCAGCCCCAUGCUGAGAUAAGGGAGAGCAAAUUAACUUCCCCAUGGCCAAAAACCCAAACUCCAGCCUGACUCCCUCCCCCUAAACCCCUGCACUCGUCCUCAGCCUCACGUGCUUACAAAAGGAGCCAAAACACAGCAGCUAUUUCACAUUGCAGCCCCACGGAUGGUUUGAUUUGACAGGCCGGGUCGGUCACAGCGUUUAGUUACAAUAAAACCGGCUCAGACCACUGGGUCCUUUCCAAUUGCUGAGCUUCGGCUUUACUGCCGGCAGCCCCCAGGUAACUACAAGGCAACAGCGCACAGCAAAUUACCGUCCCAUCCCCAGCUCACGUGCCCUGGCAAGAAAAGGUCCCCAGCGCCCUCGGCUUGAUCGGCACCAGCCGGGCUGUGCUGCGGCUCCGUGCCGGGAUGCUGCGGCUGCGGAAGGGAUUUGCACCGGGGAAAUGCCAUGCGUCGCAUCGCUUUGUGCUUGGGGUUGGUGUCGGGGAGCUCCACUCUUGCUCUGGUUCCUGCAGAUCGAGCGCAGCUGCCAGCGUGGCUUCCCCCUUCCCUCGAUGCUUUCACCAAUAAGUCGCCGACUGCCCUCCCGGCCCCAUUAGCGCUCGCUCCCGCAGCAGGGCUCACACCUGGCGCCCUCCGCAUCCCCUGCCCCGGGGCAGGAUGGGAACGGGGACAGGGAUGGAGACACCGGCUUGCUCCGUGCUCCGUUCCGCUCCCCUCCUUGCAGUGUGUCCGCCACCAUCCUGCCAUGGCAAAGGGCUCUUUGCGGCAGGAGAACCCGCACCGGGGGGUCUCUGCAGCCCCUCCUGGCCCCCGGUGCCCAGCGGGCUCAGCCGAUGUGCAAGCAAGCGGGGUGCGAGCAGCUGCCUGUCCCUGCAUCACGUCCCCAUUGCCCGCUUUUUGGCUGCACCAGAGGUGCUGGGAUCAGGACAACCAAAAAACCUGGAGGCAGGGCAACCUGCCACCUGGACACAGCUUCUCCCUGGGCUGGCGCCUGGCACCCCACCGGGGACCCCACAGCCCAGGAUGGGGCACCCCCAUCCGACAGCGCACCCCGAGGCCGCUGCGCCGGGGGUUGCACAUUUAAUGGCAGUGUUAUAGCAAAGACAAAGCUCUGGCAAAGGCAAAGAGAGUGGGGAGAGAAAGGAGCCAGCUGGUCACCCCGGGGGACCCGGAUUGUCCCCCUCGCCCUUCCCAGGCCCUGGGGAGCCGCCGGAGGGAUGCAGGCAGUGUGGACGCUGGAGCACCGCUGGCCCAAAGCCCUGCAGCCCCUCUGCCAGGGGCAGGGGACGGCAAAACGGGGCCGUCUCUGCCUGCAUGGGGUCAGGGCGCUGCCGGCUGUGGGAGAACGGGCAGCUGCCUGUGCCCGCAGUGCCGGCAGCGCCAGCCCUCCCUGCAUUGCAGCAGCCUCCUGCCUGCGCAGGGUCGGCGGCUGCGUCCCCAGCCCCCACGGAGGGCAGAGACCCCCCCUUGCAAACGCCGGCAGCGGCAGGAGCUGCCCAGUGGGUGAGAUGAGCUGCAGCAAUGCUCAGCGCCAAGCGGGCUGAUGGGGAGAGAGAUGCAGGGGGGCGGCCGCUGCGGGAGCAACCCAAGGGCAUGCGGGGGCAGGAGCUGGGACAAACUUCACCGUCACUCGAUGCCAAACGCUCUGCGGCUUCUCUCUGGCAGCUCUGUGGAUGCGUGGGGCUGGGACGAGGCGGGUGAAGCGGAGCCCCCCUCGGCCGAGUGUGCCCGAGCGGCAGCGUGUGGCGGGGGCUGGCAGCUCGCCACGCCACGGCUCAGCCGCCGGCACUGCGGGCGCCGGGCAUCACCGCCAGCCGCCCUGAUGCGAAGCGAUGGGCUGCGCCGGUGGACGCGGGGCGGCGGGCGCGGGGCUGGCGCCUGCGUGGGCGUUGAAGGAUGGUCGUGCGUGGCAGGGGAGCGGCAACAAGGCGGCAGCGUGAGAUGGGAAGUGAUGCAGAGCCAAAAAUAAUCCCCAGGCUGCAGCUCAGACCAGGUAACGGCGAGGAGCGGGAGCUGCGGCAGCCACAUCCCGCAGUGUCCCAUGUCCUCGGCUGCUGGUGGCUUGGCGGGGGUGGCUGGGGCCAGCUCACGUGCCUGUGGGUGCCAGGGCACCCCCGGCUGUGGGUGUGCUCCCCCCACAGGGUGCCUGCCCCGGCCUUGGAUCGCCCCAAGGAUGCCCUUGCCCUCUGCGACAAAACGAAGAGCCAGAGCCCCGAGGCACAAGCAAAGACACCGGCGCUGAGCAUCGCGCCAUGCCCAGGGCUUUCGGGGGGGCACAGCCACACGUGGCAUCCUGCAGGGUCCCCUGGGGGUUGUGCCACCGGGUGCUCUGCCACCGCUGCAGCUGUACCGCGGGCACUCGGGUCGGGCAGUUUCACGGGCGGUGAUGGUGGUGGCGAUGCCGUGGGUGCCAGGCAGGCGCAGGCGCUGCCGGCUGUGGGGGGACGGCGCUGGCUGCGCCACGCACCGCCGCGGUCUCCCAUCCAUCUGUGACUCCUGCGGCUGAGCGAGGGACAGUCACGCGUUUAUUUUUAACCGGCUGGGGAGGGCGGCGGGGAUUGGUGCCUCCCUGGUUAUAUCACUAAAUCCCUGCCAGGCCCUGUUAGUUCCAGCACAGCGAGCCCUGCGCCAUGCUCCAGUAACCGUUUCGGCCCCCCAUCCUCCCGGGACCGUGCACCGUCCCAGCCCCCAGGCUCCUCGGGGCCAGCUGUGCACACAGCUGGGGAGUGUGGGCACCCACCAACUGCUCCCCAUGGGUGGGCAAUGGGGCACCAGGACCCCAUGCCCCCCAGCCCUGCCCUCCCACCCCAUCGCCCUCUCCCAGUUGUGGGGUGGGAUGCAGGCAGACAGGUCUACCGCUGCCUGCUCCAUCUCCCCGGGAGAAGUGACGGUGCAGGGGGAUCACGGCCACAUCCCGCUCCUGCAGCCCUUUUGGGGAUGCGGCAGGAGGAAACUGGGGCAGUUCACGUCCACUUUGUCACCAUCCUGGUGGCAGAUGCCAUGUGGGACAGGCCCUGUGCUUUCCCACAGGAGCACUGACCACAGCCGGGCAGGACGGGGGUGAUGAGGAUGCUCAUGGCCACUGUGGUCACCUCUCCAUCCCCAUUUGAUGCCACCCGCCGGCCCCCAUCCCCAUCCCCAGCCACGGCUCUUGGCAAAGCGGCAAAGGGUUAAGCCGUGCAGCGGAGCCACGUGACACUCCGGGGAUGCCGUUUUCUGAAGAUCAGGACGGAUUAGGGUGGAAUAUCAGGACGAGAAUUUCUUCAGGCGGCGCAUCGCCCCCACCAGCCCCACCGCGGCCCCUCGCCCCACGGCUCCCCGGGGACGCGCGGUGCCGAGCCGGGCCCCUGGCCGUGCAUGAGGCUGGUGUUUGCCCGAGAGCCACCCAGCGCCCGCACUGACGCCCGAGGCAGCGUCGGGAGCCAUGUCAGGGUCCUAUGACGAGUCGGCGGCAGCCGCGGAGGAAACAACCGACAGCUUUUGGGAGGUGGGGAACUACAAGCGCACGGUGAAGCGGAUCGACGAUGGGCACCGGCUCUGCAAUGACCUCAUGAACUGCGUGCACGAGCGGGCCAAGAUCGAGAAGUCCUACGCCCAGCAGCUCACCGACUGGUCCAAGCGGUGGAGGCAGCUCAUCGAGAAAGGUCCCCAGUACGGCAGCCUGGAGAAGGCGUGGGGUGCCAUCAUGACGGAGGCGGACAAGGUGAGCGAGCUGCACCAGGAGGUGAAGAACAGCCUGCUGAACGACGACUUCGAGAAGGUCAAGAACUGGCAGAAGGAUGCCUACCACAAGCAGAUCAUGGGAGGCUUCAAGGAGGCCAAGGAGGCUGAGGACGGCUUCCGGAAAGCCCAGAAGCCCUGGGCCAAGAAGCUCAAGGAGCUGGAGACAGCCAAGAAAGCCUACCACCUGGCAUGCAAGGAGGAGAAGCUGGCGAUGACCCGGGAAGCCAACAGCAAGGCGGAACAGUCCAACACCCCCGAGCAGCAGAAGAAGCUCCAGGACAAAGUAGAAAAGUGCAAGCAAGAUGUGCAAAAGACUCAGGAGAAGUACGAGAAGGUGCUGGACGAGCUGAACAAGUGCACCCCGCAGUACAUCGAGAGCAUGGAGCAGGUCUUCGAGCAGUGCCAGCAGUUUGAGGAGAAGAGGCUCAACUUCCUCAAGGAAGUGCUCCUGGACAUCAAGAGGCACUUGAACCUGGCCGAGAGCAGCAGCUACGCCAACGUCUACCGGGAGCUGGAGCAGACCAUCCGCCUCUCGGACGCGCAGGAGGAUCUCCGGUGGUUCCGCAGCACCAGCGGCCCCGGGAUGGCCAUGAACUGGCCCCAGUUCGAGGAGUGGAACCCGGACCUGACGCACACGAUAACGCGGAAGGAGAAGCAGAAGAAGGGCGAGGGGGUGACCAUGACCAACGCCAGCAGCACGGGCGAGACGGGGGCAUCGGCAGGCGAGCGCGGGAGCGUGAGCAGCCAUGAGCGUGGGCAGACCUACAGCGCCGAGUGGUCCGAUGACGAAGGCAGCAACUCCUUCAACACCAGUGAGGCCAACGGCGGCACCAACCCCUUCGACGAGGAGUCGGCGGGGAAGGGCGUGCGGGUGCGGGCUCUGUACGACUACGACGGGCAGGAGCAGGACGAGCUCAGCUUCAAAGCAGGUGAUGAACUAACCAAACUUGGUGAAGAAGACGAGCAAGGAUGGUGCAAAGGGCGCUUGGACAACGGGCAGCUAGGUCUCUACCCUGCCAACUACGUGGAGGCAAUCUAAAUCUUGUGGUGUGCUCCUCGUCGCUGUCAGCAGAUAAAUCCACCCUCCGUUGUCUCCAUCUCUCCACCAGCCAACCAGCCAUUUUGCCGUCUGGUCCUUCACUCCUCACAGUUAGAGAUUCAGACAUAUUUUCCGACCAAGCUUUUAUUUUUUUAAGAGUUGUCUCCGAAGAGUAUUUUGCAUAGUCGCUUUCUUCUUCUUCUUCUUCUUCUUCUUCUAAGAUAACGUGAAGCGAAAGAUGACGGUGUCUGUUCAUCUACGUUAGUUGAUUUUUUUUCCGAGCGAAAAGCCGAUACCUCAAGAUCUUGAAGCCCAACCAGUGAGAGCUCCUGAUUGGUUGGUUUUUAAAGAUACUGAAAUCAUGAGCCGCCUUCUGAUUGGCUGGAACUGUUCCAAAAUGCAUGGCGCUGAAGCUCCUGGGACCAAUGAAAUUCACCCCCCCAAAAAUAAGAGGGAAUGGAGUCCGACUCCAUCUUUUUUGGCGUUUCCAUGUUCUUCCCCCAAGUUCAUCCUCCCUCCCUGAAGGAAGGGGGCAAAUGUCCCCUCCUGCCCCACAGCCACCCGGCCCCAUCGGCGGGCAGGUCCCUGCUCACAGGCAGAGCUGAUGGCAGGUGGAGAUGCCCGGGUGAGGUGGCACCAGCCCUGCCAUGGAGCUUGGUGGCAUCUCCUCAGCUUUCUCCUCCUCGCAUCUGGGCUGCCAAUGUUUCCAGAGCAGCUGGAGGCUCCUGAGCUGAUGCCCCACAUGUGCUGCAGGGAGCAGCAUCGCCCUUUGCAAGGGCGAUCAUCAACGAUCACCAGAUCCAGGGCGAGAUGGCCCUAAAAUCCACCACUGUGCCGAGAAGGACCCACCCGCAGCCCAAAGCUGCUGGAAGCACCUUCAUGCCCAGCCUGGGAUAGCGGGGACCGGCUUGAAUCCUGCUGGGGACGGUCCCCAUCUGUCCCCUUCCUGAAGAGAGGCAGGAGCAGAGCAGGGAUGGGGGAUUAGGAAUGUCCAGCCUUGCAUGGAGCCGGUGGGAGCUGCAGGCAGCCGGAGGACGAGGAGGGCUCGGGGCAGGCAGCAGACCCCAGCCCGGGCAGCAAAGCAGCCGCCUGGAGAAGACAUCCCAAAACAAGACACGCCAAAGCAGGGGAACGGCCACAGGCUUUGCCCUUUGCUUUUCCCCAGGGGGCUCUGCCCCUCCUGCAAAUGGCCACGACGUGGACUGGAGCCCCCUCAGCAUCCACGCGCACUGCCACCCAGCACGGUCGCCCCAAUGCGGGCACAUUCGCCACCCCGAGCUCUUCCCUACGGAUCAUCCCUCAUUUGUUUUCCAUACCAUCACCCUCAGCAGCAUCGAUGCCGUCGUCUUCCCGCACGCUCCUCCCUCUCCUCUCCUGCCCCCUCCGUGGGUUCGUGAAUUUUUUGGCCCCAGGGAUCAAGUGUUCUCGCGGAGGCAGGAGAUGCACCAUGUGCUGGGGCACGGUGGGCGAGAGCCACGCGGCCGCGCAUCCCCUGCCAGAUACGCCAACGGGAAAAAAAAAAAAAACAAACCACAAAAAAAAAAAAAAGUCAGAAAAAACCCAACCAACCACCUGUCUCAGCAAUGCACCCCGGUUUUUUGUACAUUGAUUGUGUAAUUUAAGAAGUAUAUAUAUAAUAUAUAUAUAUAUCGUGAUUGUAUUACUGUGGAUACAACAACAAAAAGCAGCAAGCGAAAAUAACUGAGCUCUGUAAGCGUC